ACGGUCACAUACAGAUAUUGCAUUUCUAUUAAGACUUAAUUUAACUAAUCGGAGUUGCUCUCAGCAAAAAUAAGGAAUUUGCAGAAGACGCUAGAACGACGUUUGAUUAGCCCCCUACAAUUGUUUCCGGUUUCUGUUUGUUAACCCUAAGCAUCAUGGAGCGCCGUCGCUUUAACAUGAGCAGCAUGUCGCCCAUGGCAGAUUCCACGCGGAUCGACGCGUCGUUGAUAGGCCAACGACCGUCUGUUACCAAUUUCCUGCGGGGACUGAGUCCCAAAGGGAGAAACACCACACUUAAUAGCACCCGCACCCCGGAAAGGUCCCUGAUGAACCAGACGGCCACAUCCCCCAGCAGCAUAUCCCGACAAAAACUGAACCUCAGCCAGUUGGAUCCUAGAACCUUUGCCGAUGUACACAGCAGUGGACUGGCCUCCCGCAUUGUGGCCUACCACGAGAGCAGCCUUGGAGGACGCAGUGGUCUGCAGCGCAGCAUGUCCGCCAGCAAUCUAUACAACCCAUUGACGCAGACGCGCAGGGCGCUAGCCUCCCCUCUUCCCUAUAAAUCGAAGGCGCCAACACUUUCGAUGACCCAGAUUGCACCACCAGAACGCAGCUUCUAUUCUGGCAACACACUACCCAGCCUUCUGCGCUCCAACUCUCUGGCGGGGGUGGUGCACAAGACUACCGAGCAGGAACAGCUGUCGCGGGAGAAUCGACCUAUCCUACAUCCGCCGCAUCCGCAACAUGAGAGCGAACCAACUAGAAGCGUUUUGGAGGAGCUCAAAGAGAUCUCUCGGAAGCGCAUCAACACUGGUGAUGCGCAGUCACCUCAUGACUUCACGAAAAGGAGUUGUCAGCGUGGUGUGGACUUUGUUGAUCAUCACCGUCAUCAACAGCAUCUAAACCAGUUCCAACAGCAGCAAAAUCAGUCAUUUAAAAGACAACGAGAACUGACCGUAUCGGUUCCACUCAGGCAUCAUUCUACAUCUCUAUCCGGGACUCCUCCUGCAAUGCACAUUCACACCAAUGGCAGCAUCUCCCCGACACAGUCGCCGGAGCAGGUGGCCAAACGGCCAAACUGCAGCUAUAACAACGACAUUGCCUCCUCUCUGAGCUCCAGUCGGCGUCACAGCAACAAACGAAAGCUUUUUGACAUGCAGGAGAGCUUCCAGCGUAGCAAAAACGAAACACUAGCCAGUGGAAGCUCACCGGAUAACUCUCCCGCUGAAAAUGUGGCCAAAAUACAACGUAAAGUAGAUGCAGAAUCUGUCAGUAGGACGAUAAGCAUGCCCAUUCAAUCUAAGCCGGCAGUUCCAGCAUCCCGGACCAUUUCAGCACCUCAUUUGCAAAGCAUAGACCACCGAUCCAUUGAGAUUCCACCUGCAGUGGAAAAGCCAAAACUCACUCUCUUUAAUGCACGACAAUCCCGUACUGAGGAAGAGCAGCCGCGGCAAGAUCUCAGCAGUCCAGAUGUGGAUGCUGGAGAAUAUGCCGGAAUUCAGUUCGUAAAGCCAAAGCAGCAAAAUUCCACUCUGGGCGUUAAGAACCCCAGCGUGGAACGCACGCACAAGACCAAACUUGCUAUAAUGCUGAGUGGAUUAAAGGGCGAACUUUAUCAAGGCGAACCAGACGAACUAGAUGCUUCAGCACCGGCGCCUGCUCCAGAGAUUCUUCCUUCUCCAAUUAAACCAACAAUAACGCCGAUUAUAACCACAACCACAACGACCGCGACAACUACCACCCCGACCAUUUCAACUGCAGCUCCUAUAAAGCCGGUAAUACUAAAUAACCAAGUGAUUAAGCCUCCAGAAGUAUCCACCACAAAUACACAAAACCUAGGGUCUAAACAUGUGUUUGGCAAGGAUUCGACACCCGCUACCACGGAAGUAGUAGCAGCAAAAACCGCUGACAAAGUUAUCGCAACACCAUGUGAAAGCCCUGCUAAGUUCGAUUUACCAGCCAAAUCCGUAACACCUACCACAACCACCGUAACAUCUCAACCAUUGAUCACUUUCGGCACACCGAAAUCUACAUCAGCCUCAACUCUGUCAUUUGGAAAUGUGACCACUACCACUAGCACUGCUACUAAGACUAGCACUAGUGUCACCACACCACAACCCAUAUUUUCGUUUGGACAACCGCCUGCCAAUGGAUCUACAGUAGGCGUUGCCUCGGGAUUUAAACUGGUCAAUACGACAACGACUGUAGCAGCGUGCACUAGCUCAGAAACGUCGGCCACAUCAACACCAACGUUCGGAAUGGCUACGCCAAAAACGGCUACUGUCACUCCUUCACCAAGUCCAGCGAUUAGUUUCGGCACGCCGAAUCCCGCACCUGUUAGCACUGCCACCAGCAAAAACCUUGCCACAGCAACAGUAUCGCCAUUUGGAGCAGCACCCUCAGCGGCCCCAGUAUUUUCUUUUGGACAGUCGAGCAAUGCAACUCCGGCUAACAGCGGAAAUGAAGCAGGUACUGCCAAUCCGACAGUAUUUAGUUUUGGCGGCAGCACUGCUAAACCAGCUGAAGCAGCAAAAAUACCGCCGCCUGGAAGUCAAUCCCAACUCGCUGGCAACUCUUUUGGUGGCAUAUUCGGCCAACCCAUGGCCACUAAGCCAGAGUCAACUAAGCCGGGCAUCUUUGGAAAUCCAAACAGCUUUGGAGGCGAAUUGAAGAAAACAGCAGAUGUGGCAACAACAACAGCAGCCGAACUGCCUAAACCAUUCGGAUUCUCAGCGACUACAACCACCGCCAGUGGAACGCCAGCAACCACGAAUAUCUUUACCUUUGGAGGUGCAAACCCUUCAAAGACUGCGGCACCAGCUCCAACAAGCCAAAGCAACGUUUUUGGUCAGAAUGCUACAGCAUCGACGCCCUUUGCCUUCGGAGGAGCAUCAGCUCCUGUAGGAAACACGGGAAAUAAAGAUAACAAAUCGGUUUUUGCUUUUGGAGGCGGAGACAAUUCGACAGCCAAGCCCAGUGCUGUAUUUAGCUUUGGUGGCACGGACAAGAGUGUCCCACCUGCCUUUGGCAGCGUAGCAACAUCGAUACCAUCUGGAACAUCUGCAACAACAACACCUUCGAAUAAUGGCUUUGGAUUUAGUACACCACAGAAGUCAGCAACAUCCAUGUUUGGCCAAGCACCAGCUCAACAGAUUUCGGCACCUGCUGUUGCAGCCACCAAACCAUUUACAUUUGGUGGCGGUAACCAACAGGCCCCUACACCUUCAGCUUCACCAGCUCCAGGAGGUUUCUCGUUUGCCGCAGUAGCAGCUAAAAAUUCAGCGGAGCCCACAGGAACAAAUGUAUUUGUCACUCCCGCUAACGCCAGUAAGCCAGCGUUUAGCUUUGGAGGAAAUACCGGUAACCAGGCAGGAGCAGUUUCACCCGCUGGUGGGUUCUCUUUCGCCUCAGCCACCAAAAAGGAAGAGCCUGCGACCACGAAUAUGUUUGGAAGCCCCAACACUGGAGUAGUUAAACCCAAUUUUAGUUUUUCAAGCAACGUUCCAGCCGCACAAUCAGUAACUUCUGCUCCGACACCAGGCUUUGGAGGAUUUGGAUCUCCGUCUUCAUCAUCAGCUGCGACAACUAAUCCGAAUAAACCCUUUGCAUUUGGAGGAAGCACCGCCGCUCCCGCUCCCAGCCCCGCGCCCCUGGGAGGCAACCUGUUCGCCAAUGCUGUAUCUGCUAGCCAAAAUCAACCGAAGCCCGCAGUAUUUCCAUUUGGAGGGGCUAAGAGCACUGCUAGCGCUACAGUCGGAAACGCACCAUUUUCGUUUGGAGGAGCAACUGCCGGCGGUAUCGCUUCGCCGCCUAGCAAUCCGAGUAUGAAUACAUCAAAACCAUUUAACUUUGGUGGAGCUGGCGGAAAUCCAGCACCCAAUAUCUUUGCAAGCCCAGCACCCGCCCCGACAGCUGGCAAUCCGUCCGCAGCCUUUAACUUCGGCGGCGCCAGUCCAGCCCAGCAGACGAACGCCGGAAACAUGUUUGCCCCACCACCGGACAGUCGACCCAUACGUAAAGCCACUCGACGGCUACAGAAAUAGGUCCGCUUUCCGAUUUAAUGUAUAGAUCAUUAUUGUAAUGCUAGAUGAAUUGUUUCUGGGUAUCCGGAUUGUAAUAUAAGGUGGGAUAAUCGAAAUACAUUUGAUUGGAAAUUAGAAUUAAAAAAUUAUAAUUUAAUAAAAUUUUAAGGAAUUCAAAAAAAUAAUUAUGUUAUUGAAAUCAACAUUAAACCUGUUAAAAAAUAUUUGUCAUUCUUUGAACAAAUUGUCCUCUGUUCGUUGGUAUCAAUCGCUAAUUGCUUAAUUCGUAUAAAAAAGAAACGCAAAAUCCAUUUCAUGCUUGUAUUCUUUACUUUUAUUAAAAGUUUUAGAACUCUC